AUGACACCAAAGCAGAAGUUCCCCAGCUGGACCUUGUUUCUGGCUGUUUGUGCUGUUGGAAUUGGAGGGACCUUUCAGUAUGGGUAUAAUGUUUCCAUUAUCAAUGCACCCACCCAGCAUAUACACAGGUUUUUAAAUGAAACCUGGACUAGUCGUUAUCACAAGGAACUAAGUCUAGAUUUGCUGACUUUUCUUUGGUCUGUCAUCGCUUCUAUAUUUUCACUUGGAGGCCUGUGUGGAGCCCUUAUUGGAGGCAGCAUGGCGAUUCGGCUAGGCAGGAAAGGAGCUCUUUUGAUGAAUAAUAUUAUAGCAAUACUGGCCUCCAUUUUAAUGGGGAUCAGUUUUCCUACGGGAUUGUUUGAGUUACUGAUUGCUGGAAGGUUUUUGAUUGGCAUAAAUUCAGGUAUUGGGAUCUGUGUGCAGCCUCUGUAUAUUGGGGAGGUUGCCCCAAGACAUCUUAGAGGUGGCAUGGCCAUGGGGAGUUCCAUCUUUCUGACUGGGGGGAUUCUGACAGGACAAAUAAUUGGUUUGAGGGAAUUAUUAGGUGGAGAAACAUAUUGGCCUCUGUUGCUAUCCAGCAGCUGUUUCCCAGCGUUUGCCCAACUAUUAUUCCUGCCAUGGUUUCCCGAAAGUCCCAGAUAUCUUCUUAUUGACAGAGGUGAUGAGCUGAGCUGUGUCAAAGCUUUGAAGCGAUUUCAUGGUUCUUCAGAGUAUCGAAGGGAGAUGGAAGACAUACAGCGGGAGUGUUUUGCCGUAAAUGGGGAGAAACCCAAGAAGCCCUGGCAAUUAUUCAGUGAUCGUGGUGUGAGAUGGCAGCUCAUUACUGUGAUUGUAAUGGCUAUGGGCCAACAGCUCAGUGGGAUAAAUGCUAUUUAUUUCUAUGCAACUUACAUUUUUGAACAAGCUGGGAUCUCAUCAGAAAAAAUUCCGUAUGUGACACUCGGCACUGGAGCUUGUGAAUGCCUCACAGCCCUCACUUGUGGUUUACUGAUAGACUACGUGGGAAGAAAAUACCUCAUCAUUGGGGGUUAUCUCCUUAUGACGUUUUGGAGCACUGUUUUAACGUUCUCUCUGACUUACCAGGAACUGUACUCGUGGGUGCCUUAUGUGAGCAUGACAUCUAUAUUUGCCUUCAUUUUGAGCUUUGGGUUGGGACCAGGCGGCAUAACAAAUACCCUGACAGCUGAAUUAUUUAUACAGUCUUCACGUCCUGCUGCUUACAUGAUAGGAGGGACUAUUAGUUGGAUUAGUUUCUUCACGAUUGGAAUGCUUUUUCCCUUUAUAGUGAACGGACUGAAGCAGUAUUGUUUUCUGGUGUUCUUACUGGAGUGCUCCUUAGUUGCUGCCUUCAUCUUCCUCGUAAUUCCUGAGACAAAAAACAAAUCUUUUCUGGAAAUCGAUAAGGAAUUUCACAAGCUUAAUUUUGGAAGAAAUACCAAAAUAAAGGAAACGGAGCUGUAUGAAAGAAGACAACUCCAUGAUGAUUUAAAAAAAAAUUGUGUAAUUUCACAGCUGCAGCAGAACUUUAAUGAGAAUUAUGAACAGCAUCUUCUAAAUUAA